CUUCAGCUCUCCCUCAGCGAGGGAGGAGGCUGUGGGCUGCGGACUGAGUGCUGGAAUGAGGAGUAAUUGAGCUUCAGCUGAGCCGGACGUAGCUUUCUCCUCCUGGUGUCAUUGCUGCAGCCUCCAGUGCCGGGUCCCUAGUUCCUCAGCUGCCUGUCUUCCCGGUGCAACAUCGUCUGUAAAGACAGCAAAGCCACCGCAGAAGUUGCCCGGCAGAAGACUCCGGAGGCAUUGGCUCAGUAACUUUUCACGUCAUUUUCUGCUCGGGAGCCCCUUCUAGCCUCUCCGCGCAGCCUUUCCCACCGCAAAUCACCAGUGCUCAUGGGGCAGGCGGAGAGGAGCUUGCAGCAUUGAGCGGAACCGGACUUGAGCCCGUGAUGUCCGGCACCAAAUUGGAGGACUCCCCCCCUUGUCGCAACUGGUCAUCUGCUUCGGAGCUGAAUGAAACUCAAGAGCCCUUUUUCAACCCCACCGACUAUGACGACGAGGAAUUCCUGCGGUACCUGUGGAGGGAAUACCUGCACCCGAAAGAAUAUGAGUGGGUCCUGAUCGCCGGGUACAUCAUCGUGUUCGUCGUGGCUCUCAUUGGGAACGUCCUGGUUUGUGUGGCAGUGUGGAAGAACCACCACAUGAGGACGGUAACCAACUACUUCAUAGUCAAUCUUUCUCUGGCUGAUGUGCUCGUGACCAUCACCUGCCUUCCAGCCACACUGGUCGUGGAUAUCACUGAGACCUGGUUUUUUGGACAGUCCCUUUGCAAAGUGAUUCCUUAUCUACAGACCGUGUCGGUGUCUGUGUCUGUCCUCACACUGAGCUGUAUCGCCUUGGAUCGGUGGUAUGCAAUCUGUCACCCUUUGAUGUUUAAGAGCACAGCAAAGCGGGCCCGUAACAGCAUUGUCAUCAUCUGGAUUGUCUCCUGCAUUAUAAUGAUUCCUCAGGCCAUCGUCAUGGAGUGCAGCACCGUGUUCCCAGGCUUGGCCAAUAAAACCACCCUCUUUACGGUGUGUGAAGAGCGCUGGGGUGGUGAAAUUUAUCCCAAGAUGUACCACAUCUGUUUCUUUCUGGUGACAUACAUGGCACCACUGUGUCUCAUGGUGUUGGCUUAUCUGCAAAUAUUUCGCAAACUCUGGUGUCGACAGAUCCCUGGAACAUCAUCUGUAGUUCAGAGAAAAUGGAAGCCCCUGCAGCCUGUUUCACAGCCUCGAGGGCCAGGACAGCCAACAAAGUCCCGGAUAAGCGCUGUGGCGGCUGAAAUAAAGCAGAUCCGAGCCAGAAGGAAAACAGCCCGGAUGUUGAUGGUUGUGCUUUUGGUAUUUGCAAUUUGCUAUCUACCAAUUAGCAUCCUCAAUGUGCUAAAGAGAGUAUUUGGGAUGUUUGCCCAUACUGAAGACAGAGAGACUGUGUAUGCCUGGUUUACCUUUUCACACUGGCUUGUAUAUGCCAAUAGUGCUGCGAAUCCAAUUAUUUAUAAUUUUCUCAGUGGAAAAUUUCGAGAGGAAUUUAAAGCUGCGUUUUCUUGCUGUUGCCUUGGAGUUCACCAUCGCCAGGAGGAUCGGCUCACCAGGGGACGAACUAGCACAGAGAGCCGGAAGUCCUUGACCACUCAAAUCAGCAACUUUGAUAACAUAUCAAAACUUUCUGAGCAAGUUGUGCUCACUAGCAUAAGCACACUCCCAGCAGCCAAUGGAGCAGGACCACUUCAAAACUGGUAGAAUAUUUAUUCAUAUGACAAGGAUACCUGAGUAAAACUAUCCUUUUUAAAAUCACUGGGAACAGAAAUUUUAUUAUCCUAUGAUGUGAAGCUAAAAUUACUUGUGGAUCUUUUUUUUUUUUUUUAAUCUAUUGCUCUUUGGAAAUAAAAAAAAGUCAGUUUAAAA